CCCCAUCUUUAUUAUUUAUGUUCUACGAGUAUGUCAGAAAGGCCUAAUUUUUGUUGCUGCACGCCGGCCGCCGUUUUCUCUCUUCUGACUGCCGACUGGUGACCCAAGCCUCGUUCAGCCGCUUCUGACCGCUGAGCUUUCCUUUCUUCUUAUUGUGGACGCAACAUCCGUUGCACACUUCUGUACGAACGAGGUAUUAGCUAGAAGUAAAAAUGCCACUGGGAGAGAGGAAAGGUGAUGAAAAGAAUGACUCCAAGUACUGCGGGGUCGAAACAGAGUUCGAUAGUAACAUGCCUCAGCUUCUCACCCGGAAUAUCCAUGGUGGCUUCGACUUCAUAGUUGCUCCAUUGAUGGAUCCUAAUUAUAGACCCAGCUUAAUGGAAAAUUGUGAAAUUGGAUCGUCUGUGCUGCCUUUUGCUGGGUCAGACAUAGAGUUGAGCCCUUCCCAGUGGAGUGGUCAUGUUGUUGGCAAAAUUAGCACUUGGAUUGACCUAGAUUCUGAGGAUGCAAGACUUCGAAGCGAUUCAGAGAUUUCUUUAAAGCAAGAAAUAGCUUGGGCUUCUCACCUAUCUCUUCAGGCGUGCCUCCUUCCUGCACCCAAAGGAGUUUCCUGUGCAAACUAUGCUAGAUGCGUGAAUCAGAUUUUGCAGAGUCUAAACAACAUGCAGUUAUGGAUUCGGAUUCCGUUGAAGAAGGCUGAUAAUCAUAUUCCAAAUGGAAAUCCUAUUCUAAUGGAUGAUGCACAUUUUGAUUCUUGGGAGUUAUGGAAUACAUUUCGAGCUCUUUGCGAACAUCAUAACCAGUUGUCAGCUGCACUUGAAGUGAUGCACUCAUUGCCACCUGUAAAUUCGCUUCUGCGUUGGUUUGGCGAGUCUGUUAGAGCAGCCAUAGUUAACACUACUGCUUUCCUAACAAAUGCACAUGGGUAUCCUUGUCUGUCCAAACGGCACCAAAAACUAUUAACAGGAUUUUUCAACCAUUCAAUUCAGAUAGUGGUUUCUGGAAAACCAGUGCACACUCUUCCAUUGGUGAGUUCUGGCUCUGUAGAAGCAGGUAUCCAGCAGCAACAUCCCCUAAGGGCAUACUUGGACUAUGUCGGAUAUCUUUAUCAAAACAUGGAUGCCCUUUCCGAGCAAGAACGUUUUGAGUUUGGCUAUAGAGACUACUUGCAAUCUCCAUUGCAGCCUCUCAUGGAUAACUUGGAGGCUCAAACAUAUGAGAUAUUCGAGAGAGACACUGUCAAGUAUGUUCAGUAUCAAAGAGCGGUUGCCACUGCUUUGAUUGAUAGAGUUCCAGAUGAAAAGGCUUCUACAGCCACUACAGUAUUGAUGGUUGUAGGGGCUGGACGUGGACCACUUGUCAGGGCUUCAUUACAGGCUGCUCAAGAUACUGGCCGAAAGUUGAGAGUAUAUGCCGUGGAGAAAAAUCCAAAUGCAAUUGUUACUCUUCAUAGUUUAGUAAGGUUGGAAGGAUGGGAACAAACUGUAACAAUUGUUUCAAGUGAUAUGCGUUGCUGGAAUGCUCCAGAGAAAGCUGAUAUUUUGGUCAGUGAAUUGCUUGGAUCUUUUGGUGACAAUGAGCUGUCUCCGGAAUGUCUUGAUGGGGCUGAGAGAUUCCUUAAGCAAGAUGGAGUUUCUAUACCAGCAUCGUAUACCAGUUUUAUCCAACCAGUUACGACAUCUAAGCUGUACAAUGAUAUAAAGUCACAUAAAGAUGUAGUGCACUUUGAAACUGCAUAUGUUGUCAAACUACACCGUGUAGCUAGGCUUGCUGCUCCACAGCCUGUCUUUACAUUUACUCAUCCAGAGCAUUCGACCAAGAAGGACAAUAAUAGGUAUAGAAGGCUUAAAUUUGAGAUACCCAUUGACACCGGGUCAGCAAUGGUGCAUGGAUUUGCGGGUUACUUUGAUGCUGUACUUUACAAGGAUGUUCAUUUAGGCAUUGAACCUUCAACUGCAACUCCUAACAUGUUUAGCUGGUUCCCAAUAUUCUUUCCAUUGAGGACGCCAGUAUGUGUGCGGCCCGGCAUCCCUCUAGAUCUUCAUAUGUGGCGAUGUUGUGGUUCUACCAAGGUUUGGUACGAAUGGUGCAUCACUUCUCCAAAUGCAUCUCCAAUGCACAACAGCAAUGGCCGUUCCUAUUGGGUUGGCUUGUAACCAACCACGCAGCCAACCCUCGUAUGUUGGAGUUAAUCAAGCGGCAUUUUUAUCAUUUUCCAGUAUUCCAAUAGACAGCAAUCAAAGGAUUGUUUUUUAUCAAGUGCCACCAGCAACGGAUCUUGUUGACUAAGCAUUGGAUUGUAGUGUUUUUCUAUAAUAAUAAAUUAAUAAUUAUUUUCACUUAUGUUAUUUGAGCAGGGUAUUUUAUUUGGAUAUUGAAACAAUGGCCAUUUUCUGCAUAUUGUUUGCUUUUCGGAGAUUACGUAUAUGGUGGAGGCUUGACAUCCA